UUUCCGUGGAUGAGGCGAGACUGUUAUAAAAGACAGUCGGUGAAGCCAUCGGUUUCUGAACACCAUCAGCCUCACAUUCACAUCUGCCUGCGACCCCGGAACCUUUAUAACCUCAUAUCACUUUAUAUUACAAACCCACCAUGCUCAAGCUCACAUCCUUCGCAGUGGUCGCCGCCGCCUUCAUCAGCAGCGCAGCCGCCCUUCCGAGAGGCCGCGAUUGGGAGCCCACAUCCACGCGAAACGACAACCAAAACCAGAACCAAUGGCCCAAGCUCGUUCCUGCCGCGCCCGACGCCAUCCUGGACUUGAGCACGACGGAAGGAACGCAGAACUACAUCUGCGAUGCCUACGCGAAGAAGUGGUCGCUGUACGCGGCUGAGGCCGUGUUGGUCGACUCAUAUGGGCAGAAGGUUGGAAAGCAUUACUUCGUUGAUGCAUCUCCAUACUGGCACCUGUACUCCGACGACUCUUACAUCGGCACCAAGUCAGUCCUGAAGAUCCCCCCACCCAGCAGCAUCACCGGCGACUGGUGGUCCUCGACCUCCGCUCCCUCCUCCCACAGCGGUUCCAAAUGGUCGCAACCCUCCGCCCCAGCAGCGCCCUCCACCGCCACCAGCCCCGACAUCCCCUGGCUGGUGACCAUCCGCACGUCGGGGUCCGAGUCAGGCACGAUGAGCCAGGUGGGGUAUGUCGUCAGGACGUAUACACAGGGCGGUGUUGCGCCUGCGAUCGACGAGUGUGUGCAGGAGACACAUGGGAAGGUGCAGAAGGUGCCUUAUGAGGCGAGGUACCUCUUUGCCAAGUGAACGGGCUCUGUUGCGAUUUAAUGGACAUAUCUUGGUUUUAUUGGAACCUCUGUAAUGGUUUUUGGUUUUAAGAUUGUUCCGGAGUCUUGUCAUGUAGAAAGUUGUGUUU